ACAUAUUCAACCAACAUGUGCCGAUCUGUCAAAAUGUCUUGAGACUUUCAAGUAUUAACAAUAACUAUACAGAUGAACAUUUAGCUAUACGCCUAAUAAUGUUCACACUACUUUCCCAAUGUUCCCUUUUGAUGACCAUAAGCGUUUCUUGUAGAAACUAACCUUUGUAGCAAGGUCACAAAGCCUAGAUAUAUAUAUAUAUAUAGCUGACCUGAAACAUGAGUGAGGUCACCACAGGUCGGCGAGCAAAGCUGAAGCGGCUUGACAGUCGUGUAGGAUAUACAAGACAAAUGUCCGUCCAAUCUGUUGAGCAGGAGUUGCUUUCAAAAAGAUUGCACGAACAGUACAUAACAUUGAAGCGUCAAAUUUUGAAGUACCAGGGCUGUGUGUUAGGAUUGUUUCCAGUCAUUGGAAAAGAUGGAGAACAGGCGAGGGUUGCUCAUGUCCGAGACAGCAUCUACUGUGCUGUGGCCACAUGGGCGCUAUCACAGGCGUACAGGAAAAUUGAUGAUGAUGAAGGGCGUACACAUGAGUUGUCCAUGUCAGCAGUCAAAUGUAUGCGAGGAAUCCUUUUCUGUUGGAUACGACAGGCAGACAAGGUUGAGAAAUUCAAGUUAAACCAGAGUUCCGCCUAUGCCUUACACUGUGUGUUUGACAUAGCGACUGGGGACCCAGUGUACAGUGAUGAAGAGUAUGGACACCUGCAGAUUGAUGUUGUCGGACUAUAUCUCAUUUACUUGGUUCAGAUGAUCCGCUCAGGAUUGAAGGUGAUCUAUACGACCGAUGAGGUGAAUUUUAUACAGAACCUGGUGUUCUACGUUGAGCGUGCGUACCGAACUCCAGACUAUGGCAUGUGGGAGAGAGGCAGUAAAUACAACAACGGCUCCACAGAGGUCCACGCCAGUUCUAUAGGGUUUGCCAAAGCUGCACUGGAAGCAAUAAAUGGGGAGAACUUGUAUGGACCUGAAGGCACUGUCUGGUCCGUUAUCUACGUGGAUAUCGACGCUCACAACAGAAACAGAACAAUAUUUGAAACCAUUCUUCCUCGUGAGUCCAACUCCAAGAACACUGACGCCUCCCUCCUCCCUACUGUCAGCUGGCCAGCCUUCGCUAUCCACAAGAAGUCUAUCAAACACCGUACCAUAGACAAGGUUGUACGCAAGCUCAAGGGUGACCAUGGCAUCAAGCGUUUCCUCAGGGAUGGAUACCGGACAGUGUUGGAGGACAAAAGUAGGAAACACUACAAACCAGCUGAGAUUAAGUUGUUUGAUGGGAUAGAGUGUGAAUGGCCACUGUUCUUGGUGUAUCUGCUGAUAGACAGCAUAUUUCGCAAUGACAAGGAAGGGAUUGAGCACUACACAAAUCUGAUCAGCCCCCUUCUAAGGAAGAGCAAUGAUGGUGACCUGUUACCCAUGUUCUACUUUGUACCAAAGGAACAGAUUGAGAUGGAGCGUAACAUGCGGCCAGGGUCAGCCGAGUGGUACCCUAGUGCCGAGGGAUCCACAGACGGCGUGUUUCUGUGGGGACAGUCUGUCUAUUUUAUAUCACAGCUCCUUGUGGAAGGGAUCCUGAAUGUCAUGGAGCUCGACCCAAUUCGACGUCAUCUGUCCGCCUCAGAAAGACCCAGUAACAGUAUGCGAUACUCCUCAUUCCAGGUUACUCCCCCAGAUCUGGUAGUCCAGGUAGCACUUAUAGCAGAAAGUUCAAGGCUGCAGCAGGUGCUUGCUACAUAUGGAAUCCAGACUCAGACCCCUAACCAGAUUGAACCCAUUAAAAUAUGGUCUCCUAAGGAGUUGACAAAGGCGUACGAGUACCUGGGCGUCAAUAGCAAACUGGGGCUCUCUGGUCGACCAAAACGUCCCUUUGGAGUUCUUAGUACAUCAAAGAUCUACCGUGUUGGGGGACAGACCGUGCUGUGCUAUCCUCUCCUGUUUGAGGUCAGCGAUUUCUACAUGGCUCAAGACAUGUCCAUUGUAUUAGAUGACCUGAAGAAUGAUCUGGCUUUCCUAUCCCAGUGUUGGAAGUUGUAUGGCCGUCCUACCUUCUGUAUGAUUCUGCGAGAAAAUAACAUCAGGGGUCAAAACUUUGGCGAGUUUCUAGACCUGUUAGCCCAGUUUAAACGUGGACAAGUGGACAAUAUACGGGUACGCCUCGGGAAAUUACAGUCCCUCAUCUCAGCUGCGACGGUAGAACACCUGGACUUCCUGUCCAAUCUCCCUGACCCUCUGAAGUUCUGUGCAUUUGAAGGGAAAGCGAUCAUUUCCAGCUUCCGAAGCCUCACAGACAUCCCAAAACUUCCGCAGCUAAAUGAUGCUGACAUCAACAUGUCCGAUACUGAUCUGAGCCACAAGGCAACGUGGGACCUGGUUCAGAUGCUCAACCACUACGAGGGUAUGGCAGCCCAGUGUCGGCUCAUGAAGGUUCUGUACCAGCGGGAGGGACCUCAGUUCAAGAUCGACAACCAACCAAUUGCAGCCUGCAUGGAAAAACUCAUCAGCCAGGCCAGUCUGUACAAGAAGUGGUCAGUGGUCAGAAUGAUGGCUGCUCUCCUAGGCAAAAUAGUAGAUAGUCUUGCUCCAUCUAUUACCACCAUUCUGGUCAGGGGCAAACAGAUAACAGUGGGUGUAUACGGCCAUGAGGAGGAGGUACUAGACAAACCGAUCAGUCCAAACGAGCUGAAGAAUAUCCUGUACUCCAUCUGUCUGCCACACGACAUCCAGCAGGCGGUCAUACAGCAGGAACUUAUCCUCUGUAUCGGCAAACUCAUCGUCACACAGCCAGAACUCUUCGAGGGUAUCCUCAAGAUCAGGAUUGGGUGGUUCGUGCGUGCGAUGCAGAUAGAACUAGAAGCUGAACAAUUGGAUAUCUACUCAAUGUCGCCUAGCAACUUCAAACAGAAGCUUUACUCUCUCCUCACCUGUAAUGAAAACGAGGAUCACCUCCGUACCCCACUCCAGCGACGACAGCUUGGUGGGGCCCUCAACAAAGUCCCAAAAGACUUCUAUGAUCGUGUGUGGCAGAUCCUUGAAAAUACUCCAGGUGGCAUCAAAGUGGCAGGGUACCAUUUACCCCAGCACCCCACCCUGUCUGACAUGACAAUGUAUGAGCUGAACUUUUCCCUGUUGGUGGAACAGAUGCUGAGUAAGAUUGUGGACCCGUCCUACCGACAGAUCAUGGUCGAGACAUUUGUUGUGGUGUCAACAAUGCUGAACAGAAAUCCAGAGGUGACAUUUGAACAGUCAGUCAACAUGGAUAAGAUAAUCCAUGAUGCUUUUGAGGAGUACCAGCGAGACCAGGGUAGGCACGAGGGCCAGGAGAAGAUGGAUGAAAUGAGAAAUUUCUUCAACACACCUCCCAACAUCCGCAGAGGCACAACCAGCUACAUCACAAAAGCUGUCAUACGCAACCUCCUUGAGGGAGACGUCAAGUUUGUUGGAGACGACUUUUGCUGCAUCACCUGAUCAAAGUCAUUUAUUGAAGUACAAGGUCAAAGUCAUCACUUGAUGUCAUGGUCAAGGUCAGGGAGAACCUCGUUGUAUCAUGAUUGUGUUUAAGGUCAAUGUCAUCUCCAAAUACUAUGAUCAAAAUGUGGAUGACAUGACAAUGAUAACACUUCAUCCCGGUAUACACAGCACGUUGAUGCAACUUGGAAGGCAGCUUCAAGCUUAGGUCAGUAUUCAAGAUGAUCAGUACUCAGCUCUAAGGUCAAUGUCGAGCUUCAAGGUCAGUGUGGACUUCUUCGUUUAUCACAAAAGCCCGUUUGUGAAGUAGUGAAACCGUUCGGACAUAUUCCUGGAUUGUUUUUUGGUAAGGAAUGGGUUUUUUUAUGAGAUCAUUCUUUUUGAAGACUAUAACAUGCAGAUAUAAGACUGUGUCUUCAAAGCACCAGCACAAUCAUGUGAGAACAGAUUACUAUCCAAGUGUUUCUUUGGCAUGUGAGAGUAUUUUCUACUGGAGUUGGAAGUUAUAUUGGAAAGUUGGGAAGUUCCCUAUUGUUAGAUUUCCUGCAAGGUAAUAUUACAAUGUACAUGUAUAGCAGAUUUCUGAGAGAAUUGUUUUCUGUAGGAAAAAAAUAUACAGCUUUUUUGCCAUUAAGGAAUCCUUGUAUCAGCAUAUGGACUAUUCAAGUCAUGCCUAACAUUUAUAUUUUGAUUACAGCUGAGUGUAUAUAUUAUAUUACCAGGCUAGAUGUAUUAUAUUACCAGGCUAGAUGUAUUAUAUUACCAUGCUAGAUGUAUUAUAUUACCAUGCUAGAUGUAUUAUAUUACCAUGCUAGAUGUAUUAUAUUACCAUGCUAGAUGUAUGAUAUUACCAUGCUAGAUGUUUUAUAUUACCAUGCUAGAUGUAUGAUAUUACCAUGCCAAAUAUAUUAUAUUACUGUGGUAGAAUUGUAGUGUAUACUGGAAUCUUCCUCCCCCUCUUUGGUAAAACCCCUAUUAGUCCAGAGUUGGUUACUAUACAUAGUAAUCACUAAUCAGUGUACCCUAUAUAUCACCAACAUGAUGAUCUAAGCUUUAUAACAGAGGGUGAAAGUGAAGCUGCUGUGAGCAUUUUCCAAUUAGUGUUGUGUUAUUAGAUCAUACGUGGUAUUGUUUGCGGAUGUUAAAUUUGUACAGAAUCUGACGUGGUAGAUCUGGUUUUUUGUAAAGAUGCAAUAUUUUCGUGUGAGACAGGAUUUUUGUUACUUUAUACCUGAUUAGUUAAUAUGCGAUAACGCAGUAAUAUUAUCUCAUAGGCUCACAUCAGAUGAUAGGACUUAACAAAAUCAUACUAUAUACUAUGGUCCUAACCAGUAUGUAUGUGAUAUAGCACAGGCACAUGUGAUCAGGGUGAUGUCUUAUGUGUGGACAUUUUCACAUAAAUACACUCAAAUUUUCUAUUAUUUUUAGCCAGGUUAGCUUAUGCCGUACUGCAUCGUCCGUCAU